AUGGAGGAGCCCCUCUUAGGAGACUCCGUCAGGACGUCCUGUGAGCGAUGCCGUCGUCGCAAGAUCAAAUGCGAUCGGAAGCGCCCGUGCUCCAAGUGCGCCAAGGCGGGAACUGAAUGUGUCCUCCAAGGCAUCGGAGAAAAGCAGCGGCCGGUUUCAAAGAGCUAUGUACAGGCUCUGGAGGGCCAGAUAGCCGCGCUGGAGCGAGUCAUUCACAAGCUUGCUCUGGCAGACGACGCGGAGCGCACUCAAAUCAUCUCGGAGAUAUCGCUAACCUCAUCAGCUCCUGAUGCGGCAUUGGCGGAAGGCGGGCAAGUUGACAUCAAGACGGACCCGAGCGUUGCUGCUGCUCGAGUCAAGUCCGGCCAGCUUAGGCGACUGAGAGGAGGCAACGCAGCACAGUUCUUUGGAGGGACAAGCUUACUCCAGAUACACUUUUCUCAGACGUCUUCGUCCCCAGUUCCGACAAAUGCCAUAGGCAUGGAGUCCCUGGCCAUUUCAACAGACGGCCAACCUUAUGAUAACAGCCUUAAUAUUAAUGCCAACAACAAUAACAACAAGCUGGACCUGGGCGAUCUGUAUGGAGACUUGGACGACUUCAGCCCCAUGAGUGCGUCUUUCCAGUACGAGCCUCACCAUGAGAUUUCACAGAAGAUGAUGUCGAGAUUUUUCCAAGAGGUCUACCCCUACAACAUGGUUCUCUAUCGCGAGUAUUUCCUGAGAGACUAUGAUGUCGGGUCAGGGAAAUACUAUUCAGACGUCUUGCUCUAUGCUGUCUGUGCUCUGGGGGCGCUUCAAUACGACGACAUGCUCAACGUUUCCGAGAUCUUUUCAGGCCAAGCCCAGGCCCUUCUUUAUCCUACCCUUGAUAGCCCUGACCUUACAACCCUUCAAGCUCUCGUUCUGCUUGGAUACCAUGAGAUUGCUGUGGGACGGGCAUCUAAAGGCUGGCUGUUCUGCGGUAUGGCCUUUCGCCUCGCGCACGAAAUGGGGCUUCAUCUUGAUCCUACCAAUUGGGAUGGGUCUACUUCCGAAACGAGCGGUGGGUGGGAUAGGGAAAUUCAGCGUAGAGUCUACUGGGCAGUCUUUACAGCUGAUAAGCAGCUCAGCCUCUAUUUCGGGAGACCUCCGGCGCUGUAUCCGGGCGAGUCGGACGUGCGGAAUACUAUCCGGCUCCAAUAUCCCCCGGGCUGGCAAGGCCUUCUUGAGACGUACAUUUGCAAGGGAGCAUCGGCAAACGAAUGGGAUAACGGCGUGGCGCUCGUGGGCUCGUUCAUCUACCGAGCUGAACUGGCCAAGAUUAUCCAUCUCAUCAUCACGGAUUUGUUCGAGAACCGGAAAGGGGGAGGCGGAGAUCCUACUAUAAUUGCAACUAAGACGCGAAGGAUUCAUGUGCUGUUGACCAAGUGGCUCGCGGGUAUCCCCAGUUUCCUACACUGGAAUCAGUGGACGGUUGGCCAGGUGCCUCCGUAUGUUUUACAUCUUCACAUGAUGUUUCACACCAUCAUGAUCAUCCUCCACCGCCCGCCAUCGCACAUGUUUGAGAACCCAGGAAUUGCCGAAGGUGAAGACGUGGAAAUUUGUUACGAAUCUCUGCAGGCGAUUCUACGUCUAAUGCGAAGCUACUCUCGCUACUACCGCUACCGGUCACUACCACUCGACUUUGUGCACACGCUUUCUACGGCUGCAAGCACGGUCAUGAUGAAACGCUUCCUCCAAAAGGCAUCGUGGAGCGAUCCAGACAUUGAACGUGCGCUGUCACUCAUUAUGCAGGCCAUGGACGAGAUACAGAAUACCUGGCCUUGCGUGCGGGAGAUUCGGGACGUGCUCCUCCAGGCGCAGCAGACGCAGACGGCAAUGCCACCCGAGGAUCCUCUCAAUGUGCCGGAUCUUAUGAACGGACUACAAGUGAACAACGAUAAUUUCUUGGAGAACUUGGGAGACGACCUUGGCACUCUUAUUACAGACGAGUUCUUGAGUGCCCAGCUUCCCAUCGUGGGGCCUGGACUUGAGCCAUUUGAUUUCAACCAGAUGCCAGGGCCAGGGCCGUCUUGA